AUGAAUAUUGAUCCACAGCUUGUUACAGCCAUCACUUGCCGUCAGGACAGCUGCCGGCGGGCUGCGACUGCAGCCGCAUCCCUGUGCUGGCAGAGGACCCAGCAGGCUCCUGGCCGCCCCCGGCCCUCCUCGCUGAGCGUUUCCCCCUCCCAUCCCAAGGCAGGUGAGGGGAAAGCUCCAUCGCCGAGAGGCUGGGAUGGAGGGAGGCGCCCGCUGCGCCCCCGCGGAGCCAGCGCGGCGGGGAGGGGGCGCGGGGGCGGCGUGCCAAUGGCUGCGCUGCCCCCUCCUCUGCCCCCACCCCGCCGCCGGCCCCUCCGCCUCCCCGCCACCCUCCUCCCGCCGCUCACUCCGCGCCGCCAGCGCCGAGGCUGCGGCUCGGGAGCGGCCCCGCUCCGCGCCCGGCAGCGCUGGCAGCCAGCAGGUCUCCGGGAGGCGCGGAGGGUGGGGGGGAUGCCGGAAUGCCCGGACCGCGGGGCCAAGGCGGCCCCCAUCCAUCAUAAAAUCUCCUUCUCCAUCUUAGACAUCCUGGAUCCCCAGAAAUUCAGCAGGAGACGCGAACCGGCCGCGGGGAGCUGGGGCAGCGCCCCCCGCUCGGGCGAGCGGGAGAAAAGUUUGGGAAGAGUUGAAGUAGGAAAGGACGCUGCUGCUCCCGGCAGCGGGAGGAAUAAACUAGAGGCACAUGAUCCGCACGGCCCGGCGGAGAGCGGCGCCGAGGACGCGGGGCAGGACCGCGACGAGGAGGACCCGAGCGGGGACGGGACCGGGAGCGGGCCCUCUCCCGGGCCGGAGGAGCCGGGCUCGCCGCGGGGCGCCCGUCGGCGGCGGGCGGAGCCGGGCUGCGGGAAACCGCGGCGGGCGCGCACCGCCUUCACCUACGAGCAGCUGGUGGCCCUGGAGAACAAGUUCCGAGCCACGCGGUACCUGUCGGUCUGCGAGCGCCUCAGCCUGGCGCUGUCCCUCAGCCUCACCGAGACGCAGGUGAAGAUCUGGUUCCAGAACCGCCGCACCAAGUGGAAGAAGCAGCACCCGGGCGCCGACGGCGCGGCCCCCGCAGCAUCCCCCGCGGCGGCGGCGGGCGGCGGCAGCCCCAGCCCGCCGGGCCCCGCCGCUCUGCCCUUCCAGACUUUCCCUUCCUACGCCGCCGCCAACGUCCUGGUGCCGCCGGCCGCCCCCUUCCCGCUGGGAGCCGGCCCCUUCGCCCCUUUCCUCGGCCCCGCGUACCUCGGCCCCUUCUACGCCCCGCACCUCUGA